AUGAAACGCAGGAACGAUGAGAAGGACAGGUUGUGCAACAUCGCAAGCAGUCUCGAUUCUGGACCUGUUCAUCCCACCGCUUCUUCAGUCCCGGUUGCUCUGCCUGAAACCUCUUCCUCCGCCGCUAUUAAUGUAGCUCCGAGCUACGAUGAUUCCGCUUCGACGGCGGUUGGAGCUGGGAGGGGACGAAGUUUCCGAAAGACUGUCUAUAGACAUUGGCUUCGAUGUCUGUGUGUGAAUUACAGAGACGAUGAGAAGGAUAGGUUCUGCAGCAGCUCAAGUAAGUUGGAUUCGAUCCCUCUUCAAUACAAGGAGCGAUAUCGUAACACUGAGAAAGCCACAAGCUCAAGUAAGUUAGAUUCGAUCCCUCUUCAAUCCAAGGAGCGAUAUCGUAACACUGAGAAAUCCACUAACUCAAGUAAGGUAGCUUCGAUUCCUGUUCAAUCUAAUGAGCGAGAUUGUAAAACUGAGAAAGCCACUAGCUCAAGUAAGAUAGAUAUGCUUCCUCUUGACCUAGAGAUUGAUAUACUGAGUAGACUGCCGGCCAAGUCUCUUGUGAAGUUCCAAUGCGUGUCAAAGAUGUGGUCUUCCAUCAUCCGAAGCCAGAGUUUCGUCGAUUCCUACUACGCUAUGUCCUCUAUGACGCAAUCGCGGUUUUUAAUCUCUUUCAGUAAUGGUGGUCAAUCAGCCAUAGACAAGCGUUUGUUUAUCUUCUCGUCUUCACACAAGGGAAGGGAAUCUUCAUCUUUGGCAACCAAUCUCCAUAUGACAAUACCUUCCGUGACCUUGACUAGCUGCUCCGGCUCCACCUGUGUUUCCGUCCAUGGCUUCCUUGGGAUUACUGCCGGUCAUCCGUUCAUUGUGUGUAACCCUAGCACGGGGAAACUCACUUGCUUACCAGGGCCAGGCACAUCCUUGGGAUACGAUCCUGUUGAUGAUCAAUUCAAAGCAUUGACCAUGUUGUCUAAUCCUUACCAGCAACCUGAUUUCCUAGUGCACGAGGUUAUAACACUAGUUGUAGGAGGAGAAUCUUCCUGGAGACGCAAUCGGGUUAUCACCCCUUUUUAUUACACUGUAACUAAAGCAAUAAGCAUCAAUGGUUUCGUGUAUUUUGGUGCUUGGACCCCCAAACGAGAAGAGAAUCCAGUGAUUGUGUGUUUUGAUGUUAGACAUGAGAAGAUUAGUUUUAUCGAAGCGCCUGAGGAUGUUGUGGAUUUUGAGGUUUCUUCUGAUUUUGAGGUUUCUUCUCUAUAA